AUGGUGACAAUUGGUAAUGCACAUGAGGAUUUGAUACAUGAUGCCGUAUUAGACUAUUAUGGUAAACGAUUGGCUACAUGUUCAUCCGAUAAAACGAUAAAACUAUUUGAGAUUGAGGGCACUGACAAUUAUAAAUUAAUCACCACUUUAGUUGGUCAUGAAGGUCCAAUUUGGCAAGUUGCAUGGGCUCACCCAAAGUUUGGCUCCAUAUUAGCCUCAUGUUCAUAUGAUGGUAAAGCAUUGAUUUGGAAAGAGCAACCAGAAACUCAGCAAUGGUCAAUUAUUGCUGAACACACUAUACAUCAAGCCAGUGUUAACUCAGUGAGCUGGGCUCCUCAUGAGCUAGGAGCUGUAUUGUUGUGCACAUCGUCCGAUGGUAAAGUAUCAGUGGUUGAUUUCAACGAUGAUGGAACUACAUCACAUGCUAUUUUCGAUGCACAUGCAAUCGGAGUUAAUUCAGCAUCAUGGGCACCAAUUACCACCUUGUCUUCAUCAAAAGAUGCCUCUAGUUUAAAACAACAACGCCGAUUUGUUACUUGUGGAUCGGAUAAUUUAACCAAAAUUUGGAAAUAUGAUCCUAGUACUAAUAACUACGCUGAAGAAGCUAAGUUGGAAGGACACACUGAUUGGGUGAGAGAUGUUGCUUGGUCGCCAUCAAAUACCAUCCGCCCAUACAUUGCUACAGCAUCACAAGAUCGUACAGUGUUGAUAUGGACGCAGGACAAGGAUGGUAAAUGGCAAAAGCAAUCUUUGACAGAGGAGAAAUUCCCCGAUGUUUGUUGGAGAUGUUCAUGGUCAUUAUCGGGAAACAUCUUGGCAGUCUCUGGUGGUGAUAAUAAGAUAACCUUAUGGAAAGAGAAUUUAAAGGGGAAAUGGGAACCGGCCGGAGAAGUGGAACAAUAA